CUCACAUGCUAGACUGCGAACUAGAAUUAAGAUACCCUAGCAAUAGUUGGGUCAGUGCUAAGACGAUUAUGGGAAGAAUGGAACUCCAAAUGAAAUAUAAAUAAUAUACAGGGUUUUUCUUUAACGAUAAUAAUAUGUUCAAAUCAGAGCAUAAGAUAUUCAAGACAAAAUCAAAUCGAGCAAACUAUAAACAGGCAUCUGGAAUUACCAUCUACCUUGUUCAACAUGGAGAAACAAUAUGAAAACUCAACCAGGUUAAUUUAUAAUAUGGUAAACUCUUCUUUUGAAAGCCCCGAGGAACAAAGGCAUGUCGUUAUUUAUUGGAUAAUUCACAUAAUUUUGGUAUCAGGAGUGGCAACAAUUACUGCAUAUAUCUUGCUGGUUCUUAUUUUGAAAGAGAUAAAAGGGGGCCAAAGUUCAGGAAACACCCAUGGUACUGGGAGUUUGGCGAAGCUUUCAAGAAUUGCCAAAAUUAUUGUGACUCUGAUGACGUUUAUCGAGAGUGCUAUCUCUCUUGGACAAGAAAUGACAACUAAGUUUUAUGAUACGCCGGAUCAUUGUUACAUUAUUGAAGCCUCCAAAGGCAUAGUAGCAAAUUUCGUUAGCUUCGGUAUAUAUUUCUCCUUUUGGCUAAGGCAACGAGUUUUAUACAGCAAUCCUGUUCUGACAAAUUUGACAAAUGCUUUUACUCGUGUUGCGAGCAAGACUUCGAUAUUUUUGAUUGCUCUAUUUCAUAUUGGGAUUGCAGUUUCAUUUGCAAUGACACACAAAACGUACAAAUUUGUAAAUUAUAAAUGCACCGUCAUGGAACAAACUUCCUCUACAGGGAUACCCUGGAUUGCUAUAUUUGUUGUUGUACUUUUGCUUCAGACAUCAUUAUUACUACUUUUCAGCUACCCACUGUAUAAGCAUCGAAUAGAAGUAAAAUUUAUGAAUAACGCAAAUACAAUUAAUAUUCUUCCUGUAUUACAACGUGCUUUAUUUGCAACUUUAGGCUUUGUUUUUUUCAGUGGAACUCUUUUUAUUGUCAGUGGAAUGAUCGCUGAUGGUUUGUUAGCUGCAAUACUCCGCGCUAUUGGUUCAUUUACGGACUUUACAUUUAUGAUUAUUUCAUUCCCUGAUUGGAGAAAUACCGUAAUGCCUUGUUGGAGGUGUCAGACCCGUGCUGUUAAGACUGUUUCUUCAAUAAGAAACACGACGCAAUCAGUUGUCUAAUACAAAUGAUACUUUUAUUUUGCUUAAUGUUUAUAUGUUAGGCAAUAGCCUGGGUAAUUGAAACAAACAUGCAAUCUUCGCUUACCAUAUUACCCUUUUGAAAUUUCUAGAAAAUAAUAAAAACUGCAAAAUAAAAACUGACAGAUUCAAAUG